CCUUUCUUCUUUGCUCCAUUGUUUCCUCUCUCUUGUUUCUCCGUACUUUUUUUAGAUUUUUUUUCAAUUUUUUAUAUCGUUCUCUGUUCAUGUUUAGUACCUACUCCAACAGUUCAUCAACGCACUGUACAGUUAAAAUCAAAGGGAUAUCGAAUUUCAAUAGUUAAAAAAAACGUCAAAGGAACAAAUGAUGCAGCAGUUUGCGAUCCAGCGAACCGCUACUGGAAGUAACCGUGAGGAUUUGCAGAGCUCUUUUUCGGUUUCGGUUAUGGUUACGGAUCGGAGAGAGGCCGUUGUUUGCCCGAAACCACGUCGUUUGGGUCUCCUAAACACCUCUUUCAACGACCACCCUGUUAGAUCCCUCAGAUGGCAAAUUAGCCAUCAAACCGAGCUUGGUGAUUCAAAAGCAGGGAGUGAUAUUUUGGAUAUGAUUCUUACAAAGCAGGGUGGUUGUAGAGCGGAACAAGUAGUGUCGUCGCCCCCAUUUUUUUGUGGGUCGCCGCCGAGUAGAGUAGCUAACCCGUUAAUUCAAGAUGCUCGAUUUGUGGACGACAACGUCCUCACCCCUCUGUCACAACCGUCUACGAACCUGCCUAUGUCCGGCUUGCCGUCAUCGUCUCCGGCAUCCUCUUCAAGGAAAGGAGGCUGCAUCCGAGCAAAUUUUGUUAACAAUCCAGCAGUGAGAGUAGAGGGGUUCGAUUGCCUCGACAAAGAUCGCCGGAGUUGCAGCAUCCCGGCGCUGGCCUAGA